AUGCAGAAUCAAGGCACCAUUCCAGUGACAUCAUCAGGAGGCACAAAAGAGGAACUAAAAACAGGACUUGCCAUUUGUCGUCCAUGGAAAGAGAUGGCGCGGUCAUUCGACUUCCCCUCAGGAUUUCACAGCACGUUUGAAAGGAUCGAAACGAACCUCAAUUACUUCAUGAUGAACUACGUGAUCAUAGUGAUUCUAGUCCUGUUUUUCAGCUUGAUAAACCAGCCGGUCUCACUCAUGAUGUUCGUGGCAUUGUUGUUUGCAUUUUCAUCGUUCCUCUACUUUCUUCGCGACAAGCCACUUGCGGUGCUCCACCAUUCGAUUCAUCAUAACACGGUUAUGUUCAUUCUAUCAAUUGUUACAGUGAUCUUGUUGUGGUUUACUGGCGCUGUUUUAAGUGUAAUAUCAGCGUUGCUGAUUGCAGCAUUGAUCGUCGAAAUUCACGCUUUGUUUAGAAAGACUGAAGACUUGUUUCUGGAUGAAGAAGCGGCUGAGAAAGCUGGUCUCAUCACUAGCUCCCCAGCGUGA